UUUCUAAUAUCAUAUAUGCUGAUUAAGUAGCCUGUAUUGUGGUGCGCAGAUGUCAAAAUUUGCUUAUCAAUAGUCUGUUUAAUGAGUGGGAUACUCAGUUGCCGCAUGAUACGUUCGCGCCAUUUGCCAUGGCUGUGGUCUGCUUGACGCCACUCACAACUUCAGUUAAGGUGUGAAUCGUUGCCAGGGAACUGCAGUAAAUUCUCGCAGACUCGAUUUAUUGUUUGCGAGAAGGAAAGAACAUGGAUAUGGUGGAAACAACCGAAGAAAACGACUUGGAUCUUUUCGGCGAAGGCUUUAGCGGAAGUCGAUCGAGCCCUUUAGAAGAAUCUAGUCCGUCUGAAAACCGGGAUCAAGUAUGCAGUAUUUGCAGUAUGAAGUUCACGAAUCCCCGUGUUCUGUCAUGCCUGCACGUCUUCUGUGAAUCGUGUAUCGAUAAGUUACUUAUUGAUGAGUCUGGAGAUUCUGGAAAACGGGACAGUAUUGUUACAUGUCCGAAGUGCAAGCAGGAAACAAAAAUAGCAGGAUCAAAGGGAGCUUCCUCUCUUCCAUGUGACUAUGUCCUUACAAAUAUAUUGGACAUGUCUGCUAUUGAAAGCACUGCCGUAUUAUGCACGAGCUGUAAAGCAAAAGAAAAAGCUGUAGCUCGUUGCUCAGAUUGUGCCCACUUCCUUUGCCCUAACUGCAACACAGCACAUCAGUUUAUGCGCUGCUUUGAAAAUCAUCAGGUAGUACCAUUUGAGGAUUUACGAAGCUCAAGAGAAGUUGUCCCCAUACACAAACCAAUAUUUUGUGACACUCAUCCAGCUGAAAGUCUGAAGUUCUAUUGUUUUAAGUGUCAGAUGCCUAUAUGUAACAAUUGCAUGGUGAGUGACCACAAAGCACCAGAACAUCAUUAUGAGUGCCUAGCAGAUGCAGAGGAGCAGCAGAAGGACGAAUUAAAAAGUCUCAUGGCAGAGAGCAAGUCAAAAAUAGAGUUCUGUGAAAGUGCUUCAAACCAUUUAGAAAGUGCUUUAGGUGAACUGCAGAUACAGCAUGAUAAUGCCAAAGAUCUGAUUCAUGAAACAUUUCAUAGUUAUAAGGCUGUGCUUGAGAAGUGCAGGGACAAAGCUUUAGAGGAUUUGACUAAGAUACAUAAAUCAAAAGAGUUGAAAAUAAUGGAUACAUAUAACAGCAUUGAAAAGACAAUGGAAAAAAUAAAUGAUGCUUGCAAAUUUACUUCUCGGCUCUUGGAGCAUGGAAAUAUUGUAGAAAUUCUGUCGCUAAAGAAGCUUGUUGGAGCUCAGUUGCUUUAUUUAAUCAAUAACACGCCAAAACCAGAUGUAACCACCACAAUUGAGUUCAACACAGAUAUUAAUAAAUUUGAAGAUGCUAUCAAGGCUACUUUUGGAACAUUUACUACAGAGGUUGUAUCCACAUCAAAGGAACUAUCGCCGCCAGCGACCUUGCCAGCACCAGUGCCAUUGACUCUAAAUAAUGUGAUGGCAGCAGCAGGAAUGGGCUUGGUGACAGGUUGCCCAACAACAGUUACCACUACAAGUAGCCCUGUUUCAAUUCAUUCAUCAUUUGAUGGUGAAUUGGCAACUAACUUCACAAUGGCCACAAAUGUUCUCAACCAAGAUGUUGCCCCAGUUGUGCCUCCAAGUACAUUACAUGGAUUUACAAGUAUUCAGGAAUACAAUCUGCAACAGUUAGCAAGCCUUGCAGAGAAAGAGGUUGCAGUCGGUGCCUCUGCAGUAAAUGUAACUAGUACUCAUCCGCCUGCUAGCUCAAAUCCGAGCCCUACUCCAUCAUUCACAUUAGCAGAUUUGUUCUCUGGUGAUUUCAGUUCAACAAACAAUGCAAUCAAUAAUCUUCAAGCGCUUGCAAAAUUGGGGAGUGUCACACUCAACAACCAAGGGCAGAUAGUGGUUACAGGAGACCCUGCAGUAAGCCUGGUGGAUCCACUAACCACAGCAACAGCUGCAGCUGCUGCAGCAACUCACAGCUCUACCCCUACACCACCACCAGCAACUCUCGGAGCGCUGCUUAAUGAUCUGACAAAUGGAUCCCUUAACACAGGUCCUCCAGUUAGUUCUUCCUUGGUUUUGGGACGUGGAGCUUCGCCAAGUCUAGAAAUAAACACUACUAUUGCAUCAGUAAAUGGUGGACCUUACCAGUCACUUUCAGGAUCGCCAUCUCCUAUUUUAUCUCAACCUGAUGAAAUAGUUAAUGACCCAAUUCAUAACAUGCCUUUGCUGGUUGGAACGGGCACAGCUCCUCCACCACCACCACCCCCGAAUAAUUUUCACCAUCCACGUGCAACUCCGGGAAAACUGCCUGCCAUGCACAUCAGACUGAAGUAUGGACAGCUGGGACCUGGAAAGGGGCAGUUCAACUCUCCUCAUGGCUUUUGUUUAGGCACAGAAGAGGAUAUAAUAGUGGCAGACACAAACAAUCACCGUAUACAGGUGUUUGAAAAAACUGGAACAUUCAAAUUUCAGUUUGGUAUACCAGGAAGAGAGGAGGGCCAACUGUGGUAUCCACGUAAAGUGGCUGUAAUGAGAAAUAGUGGAAAAUUUGUGGUUUGUGAUCGUGGCAAUGAAAGGUCUCGAAUGCAAAUUUUUACAAAAAGUGGCCAUUUUGUGAAGAAAAUAGCAAUCAGGUACAUAGAUAUUGUUGCUGGACUGGCAGUUACAUCACAGAGUCAUAUUGUUGCAGUGGAUAGUGUGUCCCCAACUGUCUUUGUUAUAUCAGAAGGUGGUGAACUCAUUCAUUGGUUUGACUGCAGUGAAUAUAUGAGAGAACCAUCAGAUAUUGCAAUCAGUGGUAAAGAGUACUUUGUAUGUGAUUUUAAAGGACAUUGUGUUGUGGUAUUCAAUGAAGAAGGCCAGUUUUUGCGUCGCAUUGGAUAUGAAAACAUUACAAAUUUUCCCAAUGGAAUAGACAUAUCAGAUGCCGGUGAUGUUUUAGUUGGCGAUUCCCAUGGAAAUCGCUUUCAUGUGGCUGUGUUCUCAAGAGAUGGUGUUUUGCUAUCAGAAUUUGAAUGCCCCCAUGUCAAGGUGUCUCGUUGCUGUGGCCUAAAGAUCACGUCAGAGGGUUAUGUGGUCACUCUAGCUAAGAACAAUCACCAUGUGUUGGUUCUCAAUACACUUUAUAUAAUGUAGAAAAUCAUUAGUGAUUGAAAAAUGAAAGGACAAUAGCUGUUGUGAGUAAGCCACAAAUUAGAUUUUAGUUCAUUCGAAUUACAGGGAGUUAUAGAUGAUCUCGCAUUAAAAUGCUAAUGAUUAUCAAUAGCCAGUCAGGUAAAGAACAAUAGAUCUUUAUUGUGAACACUAUUGCCUGUUUAGGCUGUAAAUUGUUUCAGAUGAAUGUGGGGGGGAAUAUAUUUAGUAUAGGCAGAAGUCUAUUUUAAAACUGAUUGAUAAACUGUAUUAUUGUGGAAGUGCAUUUAGCAAAUUAUCCAAAUAGACAAAUACUGGAGUUAAAUAUUUACACUAAUUAUUAUUUUAUAUUUGUUGACUUUUACGAACUAAAUUAUUAUAAUUAUUUAGUAGCAGCAGUAAUAUGGUUCCUAAUUGUAAAGGCUUCAAGAAGCACUUUUUGUUUCUAAGUGUAUGUGAGUGUAUUAUAAUAUGGCUGUGUGUCUGCAUAUGUGUGUGUUGAAUAUUUUUGUGUAACUAAUAAUUACAAUACUUACUCAGGACAUUUUAUUUUCAUCUUAUUAUGCUACAUAUAUAACUUUUUUAAUAUGUGUGGUUGAAAUUUUGAUUUUAUCUUAAAAAGAGAAUUGUAUUUAAAAUGUUUGCUGUGACUUAUUCAGCUGAUAGGCUACUAAGCAAGAAGGAACUUGAUCCUGAUAAUGUUUGGUCAGACAGUGCCAUUUUUUACUCAACUGUUGACAGCAAAUACGUUCUGUGUUUCCUACCCUUUGGCUCUGUGUGUGUGUGUGUGUGUGUGUGUGUUUUGUUUGAAGGUCAUGUUUAUGUGUACUCGCAUACAUGCUUGUACAUUGUAUGUCUGUGCAGUUCCCACUUUUCACAUCUAUCCCUCCUUUCACUUGGAGACCCAAACAUCCCAUCCUCAUUUUAAUUGCCACUUAUGUCCCAUUCUUCUCUUAAUGGAUAUAUUUUAUUGUAGGAUAUACUUGUAGAAUGUGAAAAAGAAUGAGGUGUUUUAUGCCUGCAUUAAUGUGCUAGUGUGGCAGACAAUUUCCAAGGAGACAAAUGUUGUUCUUGCAAAUCCCAUGUAUUACUCUAAAGUGCUGUUUUACUGCACAACAGUUUUCCAUUUUGUGUUUUGAGGAGUAUGUUUUUAAAUAAUUCACUGAUAUUUUAAGUGCCUGUAUGGUUAGGUGAAAUAUGUCCAUCACAUAGCCAGACUCCAUAAUUUGGUUUUCUAUUGUAUAAAGAAUCAAAGAAAAUUGGAAGCGAAAUUAUUUACACAAAAGGUGUAAUUGGUUUCCUAACCUACGUCUUUUAUGUAUCAUAGAUGGUAUGUUGAAGUUUUAUUAGUGGUACCUAAAUGACAAGGUUAAUGGUCUCCCAAGGAAACCUCACCUCUACUUUAAAAAUUUCAUAAAUUUAUGUGGUUGACUACCAUAAAUUGAAUGUGUUUAAGUGUCCUUAGUGUUCUAAAGUUAAGUUAUUGUAAAUAACUGUUAGUCAGUUUAUGUAUUGCAUAUUGAAUAUAUUCGAGUCUGUGAAUUGCUUACUUACACGCACAUAGAACCAUCUAUUAACAUAGUAAUGACGUAUUGCUGGUUUUUGUCAUAUCUUCAUUUGAAAAUAAUUUCUGUGAUAAUAUUAUAAACUUAAAAUUAUAAAAACUAGUGCAGAGCAAUUGAAGUAUUUUGUUAGUAAUUGUGAUUCGUCCUUCCGUCUGAUAUUAUCUACUGAUUCUUUUGAAAACAACGAAUUUUUCUAUAUAAUUACAUACAACAUAGAAUACUAUUACUAUGUGCGUAGAUGGGCAAUAAGACAAACACCUGUUUUGUGUUUCUGGCUAAUCUAGAAGUCACAACCUCUUUAUCAAUCUGAGUUUAGCUUUCUAAAAUGCUAUUAAACUUUAUUCUUAUUUACCCAAUUUUGUUUGUCCUAAGAAGCUGUUUUAAAAGUAACAAUUCAAAAUCACUUUUUAAAAAUGCCUGUGAUAAUAGUAUCUUCAGGAUGAGUUGUGACCUUAGUAUCUCGUUGUUUUAUUAUGCGCUGCCUGUAUUUACUAGUGCGAAAACUUAGCAAGUAAGGUUUAAAAAAAAUAGCCAUAAUGUUUCUAUGAAACUGUAUGUCUACAAAAUUUUAAAAAAAUCAAAGCUUAAAUGUCUGUUUAGGACAUAUUUAUGUGUAUAAUGUAGCUUCUCCUUCCUUUGAGGAAAGCAAACUGAAAUGUUAAAGGGGUGCUUGUUUCCUUUCAAACCAUUAUGUCAUGUUGACAGUGUCUUCUCUGUAUAAAUAAGGGACAAGUUCAAAAUUAUUAGUGAAGAAGUUUAUUCUUCAAUUUCAGUUUGUAAGGGGGUAUCCAUUGUUAAUACAAAUAUCAGUAUAUUUUUGUUAUUUGACUUAAUUGAAGCAACAAAAUUUUACACAUACAUACUCUCUCUUUAAAGAUAUACAUAUAUACAUUAUAUAUAUAUUAAACCUGCUCAGAAACUUAUACAUGUUUUGGGUAUAUAAAUAUAUUUACGAAACUUUUUGACCUUAAUAGGUUGGGCAUACCUUCUGAACCUUGCUGUACCACAGUGAUUAAUCAAAGAAGUUGUGCCUAACCUCCAUUUUGAUCCCCCUAUGAUUUACCUCAAUAAUGAGAAAAUAUAUAAAAAAAAUAUUGUGGUAAUUGUGAUAGAAUUUUUGAUGGUUUUUACAAAUCACAAGUCUUUUUCAAUGUGUACAAAAUGUGUUAUUACUUUUUAGAUAGCCACUCUGUAUUGAGUAAUUUUUCCACCCUAACUGCUAAACAAGUGAAAUGAAUAUUGAAACAAUAACACAGAAUUCUUUAAAUUGAAGCGAAGUUGCUUCAGGGGUGAGUUUGUACGUAUGUUUCCCCACCAAAUUCACUAGCAAUAAAUGUUGUUAGUUUUGUCAGUAUUGAAAUUAUAAGAAAACAGUUGUAAUUAUCUACACUAAUAUUUGUAUAGACCUUUGUUGUGUAUCAUUCCAUCCAUAAUGGAACCAGUAGCCACGUGAUUUCCUUCAAAGUUUUGAUGCACAGAAGGAAAUAUGCCUUCAAAGGCUUAUUUGGCAUCCCUCAGAUAAGUGUGCAGAAAAGUAGUGUGAACAUUUAAAUCCGUUAUCCCUGGUUCCAUCUUUGAAAUUAGUCAGUGACUCACCGGUCAUUGAGGCAGCUUAAACAGUGGCAUAAAAUCAGUAUAUUGAUGUGCACUGCCCUUCGUGCUUUUCUGCCACAACCAUUUGCACAGUCUAGAUGGCUUGUUGGAAGGCAAAGAUUAUAAUUCCAAUACUCAGAAAAUUGGAUUAACAUUUUGAGCUUCACUUAAACUGUAUGAAGUACAGUUGUGUAUACUUCAAUUACUAGUGAUGUGAUUUGUGCGUGUGUGUGUGUGUGUGUGUGUGUGUGUGAGAGAGAGAGAGAGAGAGAGAGAGAGAGAGAUGUCUUGAUUUGACAGAAUAACUCAUACUGUCACGAUUGGGAGUAUAAUGAAGCUGUGCAGGUGGUUGUCUUUCUCUUCCCUUAAUUUAGUACGCUUAACAUGUCAUAGUCCAAGGUGGAAUACCAACCACCAAUGGAGUUUGUGCUAUUGCACAUAUAAUGUCAGUUGGGAUGUUCAACAAGUUCAUCCUGCUACAUAUUUUAGCACUAUGGUUGUUAAAUUUGAAGCAACCUAAUUUUGUCUUCCUAGUUGCUAAGGAAAGUAAUUUAGUAGUUAAUUAUAAAGAAGAAUUUUUUAAAUCUCAGAAAAAGUCUGUUAUUUUUCAUUAUAGUUGCAGUUAAGUGAGUUUUAUGGUUUCUGUUGUUCACUUAUAGUUAACCACUCAAAUUUCCAAUAUAAUUUAGAACUUUUAAUUGUUUUUCAAUUUUAUCAUUUGUGUUAUAUGUCAAAGGCUUUUUUUAUUGUCAAGUUUUUCAUAUACAUCUUAUUUAAUAUUUGAAAAUUAGUUUUAUAAAAUUUUAUGUAAAAUAUUGCGUUUUCAGUGGUCAAAUGGCUGUUUAAAAAUGCAAAUGAAGGAGGAAAUCAGUACUUCCCAAAAACGUUAUUCAGAGCCUUUUUCACACUACCCCUUAUUUCAGACUGGAUCAGGCUGUUCCAUAAGUUUUGUGGCAUUUCAUGGUGUUUGUUACUGGUUUCCUUUUUCAGUUGUUGCAUUCUAUAUUAUUAUGACAUGUGUCAUAAUGUUAUUUCAUCAAAAUAUAUAAAAAUAAAAAAUAUACAAAUUAUAAAAGUAUUUUAUGGAAUUGACAUUUUUGUUUCGGUGGAUAAAAUAACAGGAACUGCUUUAUGAAGAAAACUUGUUACCUUGAGUAGUUCAGCCCUAUUUCAGCAACAGUUUUCUGUACUGAGCAGUGACCGUAAAGUGCUAUGACUUGCACCAUUGAGAGUUCAACUCAGCCUGCCAACUGAAAUGUAAAUGUGUAUGCAUAAACUCUUAAAUUUGUUUAUUCUGUUACAGUGAUGAUAGAAAUAACAAAAAGGAGAUACAUAUGUUUAGGAAGCACUGUUUGGAAGUAUUAUUUGUAUAAUAUUUAUGGGGAAAAUUUUGUGUGUAUUGCCACUGUACCUAUUUUUGUUCCACUGAUGUUGAAUGUUAUUCCCCCUCUUCAUUCGAUGUGUACACAUUGUAGUCUUGACAUUGGAUUUCAUUCCUCUGCAUUUGGAUAAGGUGCUAUCUAUCAAGUGCUCAGAAUAGCAAUGUUGAAAUGUCAACUUGGUGAUAAGUAAUUUAAAACAUUUCAGUUGGCAGAAUUAGUGAUACAGUAGGCCCAGUAUGUUAAAAAUGGUUGUGAGAUUUUAUGUUGUACUUUUUCAUGUUUGGAGAGUUCUGUCAUUUCUAUGCAGUUGUGCAAUAAUACCCGAUUAUAAUUGUAAAAAGGAAAAAAAAAAUUAAAAGUAAACCAGUGAUAGGAAAAGGAACAUAAAAUUAUACAAUUUUACUUUGUGUUGUACACAUUUGUAAAUAAUGCCAAAAGGUGAUAAUUUUUUAAUGUUGAGCAAUUGCAUUCCAAGCCUUAAAAUAUAACUUUACCCAUAUGUUGAAAAGAUGUUUCAUUAUCAGAGUCACAGGGUUCAGUGACUGAGGGGCCAUCUGUGAUCGUAUUUAAGAAGUCUAUUAAUAUAAAUUCGAGCAAAAAGAUUUAUAAUCUAAUAAUAAUCUCAAAACUGCAGUUCCUCAAAUUUUCAUAUUUUUCUUGAAGUAAGAUCUGUGUUUUUCUUUGAGUUGACUUCAAUAUUGAAAUUAGUAAGGUUUUCUCUGAUGUACUUAGGUAAGAUGUUUACAACUUUGCCCAUCUUCAUGGCUGUUGAUUGCAGGUACACUCAUACUUCAUUCACUUUCUAAUAAAAUGUACAUUUGUUUGAAAGUGUACUGGCAAGAGUAGGUCACAAGUUACAUUAUGUUUAGCCCCCCUACCCCCCCAUUUGAACCUACUUCUUGCAUUGUUGCCCAUCACAUUUAAGAUUUAAAUUUCUUGGUCGUCUUAAUUAUUUUAAAAUGCACGGUACUUUUUGGGAUCAUAAAAUUUUACAACUAAUUAAUUUAUGAAGCACAUAUUUCCAAAAUUUUUGGCUUUGUGUCGGUAUUCUCUGUACUUCCAUUUAUGUUGUUAACGUGCAUUUAGAUUUUGUAUGCACUUUCUGAGACAAACCGCCUCAUUUUCUUUGUGGUAUAGGUUACUCCUAUGUGAUGUGUAGUUUGAUAUUUUUAUGAAACUAUGCAGCACUAUUAAUAAACAACUGUAAACAAUAUUGUGGUGCUUCAUAUUUUCCAGUAAUAUAUAUAUAUA